AUGGAUUUUCCCAUAUCCCCUCUCUUCCCUUUCACUGUGAAAACACCUCAGAAACAACAACUUAAAGUGAUAGGCGCCUACUGCUGAUACAUGCUCACUUUUCUCUUCAUGGAAACCAAAGAGCUGCCUGCUGAUGGGAGCUACAUGCUUGGGACCUACCCUCAGGAGAUCAUGAGCACAGGAAUCUUUUGUAAUUUUCCACUGAUAGCAGGCUUCCAGCUCUUUCCCGGGCUUAGGCCUUGGGUAGCCAUGUUGGCUGGACUUGUCUGUCUUCCUAUCUAUAGAGAAUACCUCAUGCUAUGUCCUGUGAGUCGCCAGAGUCUGGAGUUCAUUGUGUCCCAGCCCCAGCUUGGCCAGGCUGUGACCAUCCUGAUUGGGGGUGGGCAGGGAACCCUGUAUGCAGUUCUAAAGGAGCACUGUAUCACAAAGGGCUUUGUGCUCCUAGCACUAAGGCGUGAGUGA